AAAUGUCCGAGCUGCUGCGCGGCAUCCUCCGCCACUCCGACGCGCGAACCCCGCGGGCCUUCGUCUACCUCCUCGCCGCCGAGCCGCCGCGCCCAUCCGCCGUCGGCCAGUGCCAUGCGGCGGCCACCAAGCUCGGCUUCGCGUCCAACGUCUUCGCCAACACCGCGCUCCUCGGCUUCUACUGCCGAUCGGGCCGCCUCCGGGAGGCACACCAGCUGUUCGACGAAAUGCCCGGCAGGAGCGCCGUCACCUGGAACACGCUCAUCUACGGCCACGCGCAGUCGACCGCGCCCGCCCUCGCCGUGGCGGUGUUCGCGCGCAUGCUGCGGGGCGGGGUCUCCCCCACCGCGUCGUCCGUGUCUAGCGUCCUGGUCGCGUGUGUCAGGAUGGAGGACGCCGGUGCUGGGGCAAUGCUGCAUUCCGUUGGCCUCAGAUGUGGCUUCUUCGCUUCUGUCGUAGUGGGCACUGCCCUGGUGGACAUGUACGCCAAAUGCCAUAAUCUGUGCGCAGCGCAGCAGGUGUUUGGGGAGAUGGAAGAAAAGAACGUGGCCACUUUUACGGCGCUCGUAGCCGGGUUCGUUUUAAGCAGAAGGCCUCAUGACGCCAUGAUAUUGGUCAGGGAGAUGGAAAGGUCUGGAGUAGCACCAAACCUGAUGACAUACAGCAGCCUCCUCAGCUCAUUCGCAAGCCCAGAGGACAUAGAUCAUGGGAAGCAAGUUCAUUGCACAGUGCUUAAGAAGGGUCUGGAGCAUGGUCCAUUUUUUCUGUCUGCUCUUGUGACCAUGUACUCCAAGUGUGGCAUUUUGGAAGAUUUCAUCAAGGUGCAGGCAACUCUUUCAUGUGAAGAUCAGGUAUCAUUCAAUGCCCUCAUCUCUGGGCUCUCCUGUCUGGGAAGAGGUAAAGAGGCAUUUCAACAGUUCUUGGAGAUGAGAAGGCACGGCACUGAUAUGGAUGUCUUCACCUUUGCAAGUGUAUUGAAGGGUAUAGGGAGCUCAUCCUCGUUACUAGAGGGAAGGCAGGUUCAUACUCUUAUUAUGAAGAUUGGAUAUUAUUCUGUUGUGGAUGUCCAGAACAGCUUGAUUUCCAUGUAUGCCAGACAUGGUGCGAUAGAGGAAUCCAAUAGUGUUUUCAUUUCAAUGGAAUCACCUAAUGUGGUUUCUUGGAAUUCACUAAUGUCAGGAUGUGCUCAACAUGGCCACGGAAAGGAGGUGAUUGAGAUGUUUGAACAAAUGAGGAGGCUACAUGUUCAGCCAGAUCACAUAACCUUCUUGUCAGUUCUUACUGCUUGCAGCUAUGUUGGCUUGGUAGACAAAGGGCUCGAGUAUUUCAACUUGAUGAAAGACAAGGGCUAUCUCGUGGGAGCAAGGACAGAGCACUAUGCUUGUAUGGUUGAUCUUCUUGGUCGAGCAGGCUAUCUCAAUGAAGCUGAAUAUUUGAUUAAUAGCAUGCCUAUAAAACCUGGCGCAUCUGUAUACAGAGCUCUGCUCAGUGCCUGCCAGAUUCAUGGAAACCUUGAGAUUGCAAUCCAGGUGUCCAAACGCCUAAUUGAGCUAAAUCCUCAUGACUCAUCUGUUCAUGUUCAGUUAUCAAAUGCCUUUGCUGGUGAUGGUCGUUGGGAUAAUGCUGCUGAGAUCAGGGAGGCCAUGUCAGGUAAAGGAAUAGUGAAGGAGCCAUCUUGGAGUCGUAUUGAGGACCAGAUGCAAAUCGGAUAAGCAGCUUGUGUUACAACUUACAAGAUGAUAUCCACUGUCCUGCUUACUAUCGAGAACUGAAUUAAACACCGAAGCUAUGAGUGCGAUGCUUACCGAAUGAAGCAAGCUAGAAAUAUGUGUAAAAAAAAGGGCAACUUCCAUAGACCAAGGGAAGAGCUGGCUGCUGGGACCUUGUACCAAGCAAUUCGACCGUCAAUACCGAGUGGCUUGGGUUGGUCCAUCGAAGAGGCCAAGGGGGAGAUCGAAAUGAGAAAACGACUGGCCUGGCUUGAUGGUAGAAUCCAUGUUCUGUCUGCCUGUGGGCGCUCAAGAAACCAAAGGGGGGUCACUUUGAGUAAUCACACAUAUACUGGAAUUAGUUACUCCAUCUUGCUUGAUGGUUUACUCAUGUUACAGACUGUAUCAUGCA